AGCCGGAUUUCGCCGAUCUCCUCAGAUAUUAUCAAAUCAUACAACGCAAAUUUAUCCAAUCAAAAUUUUUAACUACACAAACUUCAUAGCUUAUUCAAAUCGAAACUCAAGAAUCCAUUGAAUCUGCUUCAAUUCUCCAUUGAUCAAAGCUCAAGCUCUGCUUCAUUCUCUCUGCAUUUCAUCACCCGAUCUCCUAAAAUGGGCAGAGUUUCCCUCUUCAUCUACUUAGCAAUCGCUUCACUUAUCAUUCUCCUCAUCAAUCACACCCCCACAAAGCGCCCCACCGCCCAUCGCCACCGCCGCCUCCGCCUCCGCUCCAACUUCACCUUCAAUCCCCCUCUCCACCGGCAGCAGCACGACCACCACAUCCCCUUCGACCCUCUCAUCGCCGACAUCGUCCUCCGCCGCGAGGACAAGGAGUGGGAGAAGCACCAGCAGAUGGAGCAUUCCCAAUCCAGCCCUGAUUUCUCCGACGGCGAAUCGGCACCCCCCGCCGAGCCCCAGCCCGAGUGGGAAGAGUUCAUUAACGACGAGGAGAGGUUCAAUGUGAGCGAGAGGCUGCUCGUGCUGUUCCCCAAAAUCGAUGUGGACCCGCCCGAUGGGUUCGUGUCUGUGGACGAAUUGACUCGGUGGAACCUGCAGCAGGCGAUGAGGGAGACGCUGCAUCGCUCUGAAAGGGAAAUGCAAUCUCACGAUAAGGAUCAUGAUGGCUUCGUUUCCUUCGCCGAGUACGAGCCCCCCAGCUGGGUUCUUGCCGCCGGUAAUAGUUCUUUUGGCUACGAUAUUGCCUGGUGGAAAGAGGAGCAUUUCAAUGCAUCAGAUGCAGAUGGGGAUGGCCUUUUGAACACAACUGAAUUCAAUGACUUCUUGCAUCCUGCUGACAGCAAGAAUCCAAAGCUGCUUCUUUGGCUGUGUGCAGAUGAAGUAAGGGAAAGAGAUACCAACCAAGAUGGAAAGCUCGACUUCAGUGAGUUUUUCCAUGGAAUUUUUGACUUAUUAAGAAGAGAUGACGAUGAAGAUCACAGUUCAUCACAUCAGGAUGAUGAUCCAACAAAGGCACCAGCAAAAAAGUUGUUCUCUAAGCUUGACACAGACAAUGAUGGGUACCUUUCAGCUACAGAAGUGUUGCCUCUAAUUGGAAAAAUUCAUCCAUCAGAAGGCUUUUAUGCAAGACAACAAGCAGAAUACACCAUCUCUCAGGCAGAUACCGAUAGAGAUGGACGUCUAACCUUGACCGAGAUGAUUGACAACCCAUUUGUAUUCUACAAUGCGGUUUUUAGCGAAGACGAAGACGAAGAUGAAGUGGAGUAUUUGUACCACAGUGAAUUUCGUUAGCCAAAUACAGUAAGAACAUCAUUUAAACUAAUCAGUUAUCUUCACAUUCUUCAUCUAUUGACAUCCUUGUAGAUGAUUGGUGGUUUCUUUCUCACGAUGCAAAGAACGAAAACUACGGCGACAAACCUCGAAAUUUUUCAUGAGAUUUUGCUUUGCAGAUUAUUGUUUAUAGGUGAUUUGCUUUGUUUUAGUCUUAGGCUUAGAGUCAAAGUUUUGAUUUGUUGCAUUUAUUUAUUUAUUGUCAUUUACCAUUCAUUUGUGAU